AUGAGAGUGAGUACGAGUGUUUCACUGUUGAAGGAAGGCAUUCCAGUGUACAUCCUAAUCAUCUUGUUCAGUGCUGUAGCCAGUGGUCAGCAAAACAAUGGACUUGCCCUCAACUCCUCCAAAUCCUCCACCAGUUUAUCCUUUGCAUCGUAUUACGGCGGCCAUCCACCACCUCCGCCGGUCCUCAUGGCUGGUCCGCCUCCAACAGCAGCACCCGAAUCCCCACUACCGCCAAUAUUUAGAACGCCUUAUCCGGGUUAUGGAUCACCUCCUGUCUUACGUUCACCGCCAUCAGCUCCACCCGGGCAUGGUGCGCCACCGCAUAGGGGCCAACCAGCUUCAAGACCUCCACCGCCGCCAACAUAUGGAUCUCCUCCACGUCCAUCACCACAACCUCCGCGAGCUGCUCCACCAACUCCACCAGCUUAUCAACCCCCUACGCCGUCACCUCCUCCAUCUCCCCGGAGAGCAGUUCACCCAGCACCGCCGGGAGGUCGACAUGCUCCACCAGUUCACAGCCGACAUGUAAGUCCACCACCUCCAUAUAGGCGUCCAAGCACACCUCACGUGCACAGGCCUUCAGCCCCAACUCAUCGUCCUCCAGUGUCUCAACCACCGCGUAGAAGACCAGUUCGCAGUGCACCUACACCUCCUACUUAUCAACCUCCCCCAGCUCCAAUUUACCACCCUCCAGCUUCUCCACCACCUGCGUAUCCAACACCAAGUCCACCUCCUACAUAUCAACCCCCCUCUCCUCCAACUUUAUCACCACCUCCAUCUUCUCCCCCUCCCCCUCCUAUUUAUCCAUCACCACCACCACCCCCUUCAUAUCCACCACCAACUUCACCACCGCCACCUCCUAGCUGUCAACCUCCACCUUCUCCUCCACCUGCCUAUUUAUUUCCACCACCACCACCUUCUACUUAUCAGCCUCCACAUUCUCCACGACCAAGGUCUCCGCCACCUUCACCUCCUACAUAUCAACCUCCAUCUUCACCACCUCCGACUUAUCCAACACCCGUGCCUCCAACAUAUCAACCUCCACCUUCUCCAUCAUCAUCCCCUCCUCCACCUCCGACUUAUCGACCUCCACCUUCUCCACCACCUUCAUAUCCUUCACCACCUCCACCGCUUAUUUAUCAACCUCCACCUUCUCCACCACCACCACCUCAACCUCCUACAUAUCAACCUCCACCUUCUCCAGCAGUAUCACCCCCUCCACCUCCAACUUAUCAUCCUCCGGCUUCUCCACCACCUUCAUAUCCUUCACCACCACCUCCUAUUUACCAACCUCCACCUUCUCCAUCAUCGUUAACCCCUCCCCCUCCUACUUAUCAUCCUCCACCUUCAUAUCCUUCACCACCACCUCCUAUUUACCAACCUCCACCUCCAACUUAUCAUCCUCCGGCUUCUCCACCACCUUCAUAUCCUUCACAGCCAUCUCCUAUCUACCAACCUCCACCUUCUCUGUCACCAUCACCCCCUUCCCCUCCUACUUAUCAACCUCCACCUUCUCCACCACCCCUAUAUCCUUCACCUCCUCCUCCCCCUCCUGCUUAUUCACCCCCACAUUCUCCACCACCUAUAUAUUCCCCCCCUCCUGUAUCACCACCACCUCCAAGUUAUGAACCUCCGCCAUCUCCACCACCUGCUUAUCUAUCACCACCUCCUUCUCCACCAUCAGUGCCACCUCCACCUCCUUCUUAUCAACCCCCACCUUCUCCACCACCUAUAUAUCCUUCGCCACCUCCCCCGCCUAUUUAUCAACCCCCAACUCCUUCACCACCAUCGCCGCCCCCACCUAUUCCACCACAAACAUCUCCACGUCCCGUAUCAUCACCACCUCCUCCUACUUAUCAACCUCCACCUUCUCCACCGCCUGUAUAUCCUUCAGUGCCGCCUCCACCUCUGCCUCCACCUCUUUAUCAACCCCCACCUCCUUCACUACCUCCGCCUUCUCCACCAUCAUCACCACCUCCUCCGCCUCCAAUAUAUCCGCCUCCAUCUUCACCACCCCCACCUCCGACCUAUCAACCUCUGCCUUCUCCACCACCAACAUAUCCAUCACCACCGCCUCCUACUUAUCAACCCCCAUCUUCUCCAACACCUACAUAUCCACCCCCACCCCCCCCCCCACCCCCAUCACCUACAUAUCGACCUCCACUUUUGCCACCGCCAACAUAUCCAACGCCGACCUCCCCACCCUUGCAAAGGCCACCAACGCCCACACAUCAACCUUCCCCGUCAUCUCCUCCCACUCACACACCUCCAAGAAGGCCUCCUCCUCAACACCGACCACCGGUGCAUAGACCAUCACAUCCAAAACACAGGCAUCCAGUGUCUCCACAAAGACACGUACACCCAUCCCCCCAUACACCUAUAAGGACUCCACCAUCUCGAAGACCACCACCAACUUACCAAUCACCGCCACCAAUAGAGAAGCCUCCAACAUAUCCAGUGCCAGCUACACCAACUUAUCCACAGCCACCAUUACUUCCUACUCCAACUUAUGGACCUGUGUACCCAUCACCACCAAUGGCCUCCAUCCAGUUCCUCCGCCCAUAA